CCAGAGUCGGCGCUAUCGUGUCAGAGGUGCGGGCCGGAGUCCGUCCCUUAAUCGCUACAGGUACGGCUGAGGGUUGGCAAGGGGGGUCGACAGAGUGAUUUGCGCUCAGCCUUGUCUGCAACACACCUGUUGCUCAGGUCAUUAUCGUGCCACCACGUGAUAGGAUUAGGAUUACCGUGAUGCAAGACGAGAGCGCCAGAAACGCUAAGCGCUCAGCCUUGACAAGACUCCCCCAUCCUAUCGCAUUACGACUCGGCCUAUAACAUAUCUCAAUUUAUUGUCGAGCCCUCAUCUAUGGCGAAGAUUCACCAGGAGGGAGUCACACUGCUCUCCGAGAGCGAAGGCGCUAGCGGGGGACCAGCGCCAUCUGAAGUACAACCCCGCCCAGUUCCGCCUCUUAACAACAGCGCGUUCUGACCACGAGCAGCGUCAUCUUCGUCCAUGGCCUCAGAGGGCAUCCACGCGGGACUUGGUCGCAUCCACGGCCCACUUCUACGGCCGGUCGCAAUGAAGACACCGAUGCACGCACCGACAAGCACAAGAACAUCUAGACCUUCUUGGGGCUGAAGAAGAGCAAGAAAGAGACCGACGACAAGAGGCAGACGAGUACUUCUCCACCGUCAGAUAUCUUCUGGCCAGAAGAGUAUCUCGCGCCGGACCUUCCUCAGGCUCGAAUAUGGACGUACGGGUACAACGCAGAUGUCAUUGGUGGGCUUUUCCAGGCAAACAACCAGAACAGUGUUUCACAGCAUGGCCAGGACUUCGCUGUCAGGUUGGAGAGGGAUAUUGAUAAUGAGGAUCCGAUUGUGUUUGUAGCGCAUAGUCUUGGUGGGAUCAUCACGAAAGACGCACUACAUAGAUCGGAGACAAUCUGCAAACGGACAAAGCUGAUUGUAUUUCUUGGGACGCCACAUCGAGGAAGCACGUACGCUGGUUGGGGGGUGAUCGCAUCAAACUUGGCGAGCAUAGCCCUUCAAGACUCGAACAAACGGCUUGUACAAACGCUUGAAGUCAACGAUGAGGUUUUGGACAAUAUUCACGAGGAGUUCAAGACCAUACUUGUCAAAUGUGCUAUCAAAGUUCACUCAUUCCAAGAGGCGAAGGGGAUUUCCGGCAUGAAAGGUCUAGACAGCAAAGUAGUGGACAACUUUUCCUCGAAGCUCGAUCUCGCCAGGGAACAAGAAACGGUGGAGACCAUCGAUGCGAAUCAUAUGGAAAUGGCUCGGUGUAGCAGCAGAGACGAUGCGCAUUACCGCCAGAUCUGUGGAGUUCUAAAACAGUUUAUAAGGACCGGACUGUUGAGCAGGGAAACAAACUCGGCCGAGAGCAAUGAUAGAUCCUUUCGUCCGGCACUGGCCAAACCAUUCAUAGUUCCCUUCUCGCAAAACGAGCACUUUGUUGGUCGAGAAGACAUUCUAGAUCAGUUGGACUUAGGAGGCCAGCAGCAGGCGCCAAAAAAGCACAGGAGACAUGCACUAGUCGGUCUUGGGGGAGUUGGGAAAUCUCAAAUCGCCAUUGAGUAUGCAUACCGAGCGCGGAAGCACCAACCGCAACUAUCAGUGUUCUGGAUCCAUGCCAGUACCAGGACCCGGUUCGAACAAGCGUAUCAGGAGAUGGCGGAGAGACUUGAGCUUCCCGGGCGACACAAUCCAGAGGCUAACGUGCUACGCCUGGUAUACAAUUGGCUUUCGGACGAAGCAAACGGACAAUGGCAUAUGAUACUAGACAAUGUCGACGACGGAAGCAUGUUUUUUGGGAAUAAUGGAGUCACCACGGGCGUCUCACCGCACGACCAAGCAGCUGACUCGCAGCCACCACUAGAGUCGUUUCUUCCUCAGUCGCGAAAUGGAUCAAUCCUCAUCACAUCACGUACCUCGACCGCAGCCAACAACCUCGUCGACACGUUCGGGAAGCUUGUAUCAGUAGAGCCAAUGAAAGAGAAGGACUCCGUUGACUUAUUCAAGACGAAGAUUCCGGUGAACAAGUGUUCGGAAACAGACUUAGUGGAACUGACCCAGGCACUUGAAGGUAUCCCACUGGCGAUUACGCAUGCUGCAGCAUACAUACGGUCAAGGCCACGGGUUACCGUGUCUAUAUACCUCAGCCUCUUCCAGGAGAGCGAGUCGAACCAGGCUAGUCUACUGAAUAACAACGAGACAACAGACCUCCGGCGUGAUCACAGUAUCAGGCACGCAGUGAUUACGACGUGGCAGAUUUCGUUCGAUCAGAUCCAACUGACGUGGCCUGACUCUGCAAAGCUACUUUCGCUCAUGGCCAUGUUUGACAGACAGGGGAUUCCGGAGUCUAUUCUGUACAAUGGCAGAGAUAGGCUGCAGUUUGAGGAUGCAGUGGCGCCGUUGACAAGCUUCUCUCUGAUUAAGGUCCAGAGUUCGAAGCAGCCAGAGCCGCAGGUUGGGGAGCAUCUUUUUGAGAUGCACGACUUGGUACAGCUAGCAACAAGGAAGUGGCUAGAAAUACAGAGGAAGAUUGGCAGGUGGCAUAAGGCGUCACUGCGGAUUAUGGCUGCUGAUUUCCCAAGCGGGGAGCACGAUACAUGGGCAGCUUGUCGAGCGCUCCUUCCGCACGCUCGAAAGGUGCUCAGUUACGCUCCAGAAGACACAGAGGCAACACUGGAUCGAGCGAGGAUUGAAGAUAAUACAGUAUGGUAUCUUCUCCAGGUAGGGGAAUAUGCAGCAGCGGAGAAGAUUGGGCGGACUGCAAUAAUGGGGAGGGAGGAGAUACUUGGAGUAGAGCAUCUGGAUACGCUCACUAGCGUCAGCAAUCUAGGAUCAGUGUUGGAAAGCCAGGGCAAGUACGAAGAGGCGGAAGCAAUGCACCAGCGGGCUCUGAAAGGAAGGCAGAAGAUGCUUGGAGAAGAGCAUCCCAACACGCUCACUAGCGUUGGCAACGUUGGAGUGGUGUUAGAAAGGCAGGGUAAGUACAAAGAGGCAGAAGCAUUGCAACAGCGAGCUCUAGAAGGAAGGGAGAAGGUGCUUGGGGUAGAGCACCCUGAUACGCUUACUAGUGUUAGUAACCUUGGAUUGGCGUUAUCAAGGCAGGGCAAGUACAACGAGGCAGAAGCUAUGCACCGGCGAGCUCUAGAAGGAAGGGAGAAGGUGCUUGGAGUAGAGCACCCACACACGCUCACUAGUGUUGGCAACCUUGGGUCAGUGUCAGAGAGGCAGGGCAAGUACAACGAAGCAGAAGCGAAGAACUGA